AUGGCUCCACGUCAGCUGUCCAACACGCUUCCCAAGAACUUCGUCUUUUCAGCACUAGAUGAACCCACAACCCCCGAGCGACCGUCCACUAGCAUAGAUGUUCCGCCCCCUCUCACACGCCACUCCUUCUCGAGCGGUCGCCUGCGCAUAAAUCGCGUUCGAGCGGGUACCGAUGUAUGCGCGCGAAUGGAACUGGACCGCGACCUCUUCCGGCUCCCCGUGUCGCCCGAUAUUCCUCUGCCUUCUAUUGAAGCUCCCCCAUCUCCGUUGAAUCUAGGCCCGGUAGUCUCCGAUGACACAAUAUCUGAUGGUCGCUUCCUCGCUCCCCCGCAUCGGCGCAUGGAGUGUGUGACUCCUCCUGCACAAACUGAAUUGGUUGAAUCGUGCGACACGGGAAACGCGUGGCCCUCGUGGGACCAGUCGCCGCUCACAAUCACACGAUCUGGCUCCUCGUGCUCAAACGACUCCGAUUCGUCUAUCGAGUCCAUUGAUACAUUGACUUCGCGACCUUCAGUUGGAAGUUUCACAAGCGACGAAGGCGACCAUACUGAACCAAAGGAGUCCAAAGCAGGCUCCGCCGCUUCUCCUAAUAAGCAGAAGGUGGAGCGCACACAUUUCAAACAUAAAGCUUGGUCGCAGGAAAUGGAUAACCAUCUGUGGAAUACGUACCAAAUGUAUCUGUCAGAUCCGACAGUUACACCAUUUAAGAUGACCCCAGGCGCGGUUCCGCCUCUGGGAGUCACGACUCGCGUUGCGCGUGUGGCCAAAUUGAACUGGCAAAAGAAUAUGCGUAGCACUCAGGCUGCGCCGUCUCCUCGGACUGGCUCGACUGGCUCAACUAUUAAGGGCCCGCAAACUUCACGUGGUCCACGUACCGUGAAACCCGUGUGGCCCAAGUCUAACAGAAAGAUUCGCCAGCGUCUCAAGCUGCUGUGUGUCCGUAAAUUCUCCAUCACGCCGCAUUAUCAUCGCAUGAUGCAGUCUCGUAGCCCGGAACCUGCUCCGCAUGGUAUUCCAUCUUCCAGCGGAGCGUACAGCACUCGUGACCUCGGCGUAUCCCUUGCUACCCCACAUGAAGCUAUUCGGCUCACUCAGCUCGCUGAAGAGACUGAAGAGACCGGAAGUCACUGGAAGGAGGAAUCGUACAGCAACCAUUCCCACGGAACUUCCCACGGAACAUCUCGAGUCGAGUUGUCGAGCAUUCCCCCGCGUCUUGGAUCACCGUUUGCUCCAUCCAGUACCUGGAGCCCUGCUAGCUCGAGUCGUCGAGUUGACGGAAUUCCCCGUUCAGCUCGUCGCCAGACUUUCCAUGUCCCUGCCCGUCGUUUGCGACGCACCACCCAUCUGAAUAUGAUGACCCCUCGAGACCAGGACGAAGGUUUCCCGCUCAAGUCGUCUGUCGACAUUGACCCUUCUGACGAGGAAAUCCGGCGCCGUCUGAGUAACUAUGUCCAAGGAAACCAGCUACAGGACAUUGGCAACGGUCGAGUCCGGAUUCGCAGCCGCGGUGCCACAAUGGGUGCUGUUGGUCCCCGAGAUGUCAGCCAGUUGUUCUCUCCCCCUUACUCGUCAGCAAACGAAGAAGAGACCACGCCUGUUGCGAAGCUGGUCAACCCACUUUUGGAUCCAGCCAAAGGGAUCGAAGAGACCACACCUGCUACUAUCCUUUUCAACCCAUUGUUGAAUCUGGACGGUGAAGCCAUCAAACGAUUGGGCUCACCAUUCAAGGCUGAUGGAGAUUCCCAGCGCCAGGCUCCCAGACGAUUCAUCCGCCAUGCACCCUCGUCAUCAGACCCCUCAUUUGGUGGUAUGUUGAACCCCUUCGAAGAAGGUAUCUCCGACGCCGAGCGUAUCCGCCGGCAAAUAUUGCAGCAGAAAAACUAG